AUAGGGCAUUCACAAGCGCUGUAAACCCAUCUUCAUCUUACACAUUCUCACUACAACACCAGAAGAAGAGAGAGAGGGGAAGAAAGAGAAAGUAACAACAAUCCUCUGUUUACUUGCUGGUUUGAUCCUCCAAUCUUUCUUCUUCCACUAAAAUCAAUGGCGUCCAGAGUAAUUCUCCCCCAACAUGUCGAAGGUAAUAAUAAUGGCGGAAAGCAAACGAACGCAGUAGAAGGACAGGGAAGAAAUAGAAAGGCCCUGAAUGAUAUAGGAAAUCUCGUUACAAUUCGCGAUGUUGAAGGCAAACCACAAAGACCCAUUACAAGGAGUUUUGGGGCCAAAUUACUUGCUAAUGCACAGGCUGCAGGAGAUAACAGGAUCAAGAAGGCUGCUCAGGGAGUGGUGGGAAAGGCAGUGGUGGUGCCCAAGCCACCGGUGAAGAGGGCGGUCCUGACGAUGAAACCAAAACCAGUGGAAGUCAUUGAGAUCAGCCCUGAUACAGAGGAACUAAAACAGGAGAAGUUGGUGCCUCAUAAUGAUAGAUCAGCUGGUUAUAAGAAGAAGAAGAAGGUUCCUACUAUGACUGCUGUACUCACUGCUAGGAGCAAGGCUGCUUGUGGUCUGACUAAUAAGCCAAAGGAACCAAUAGUUGACAUUGAUGCUUCUGAUGUUGAUAAUGAGUUAGCUGUGGUGGAAUAUGUUGAAGAUAUCUACACUUUCUAUAAGAUAGCUGAGAAUGAGAGCAGGCCUCAUGACUACAUGAACUCGCAACCCGAAAUCAACGAAAAAAUGAGGGCAAUCUUAGUUGAUUGGUUGAUUGAAGUACACAACAGAUUUGAGCUUAUGCCUGAGACCCUUUAUCUUACCAUUAACUUGGUUGAUCGAUUUCUGUCAGCGAAAGCUGUUCCAAGGAGAGAACUGCAGCUUGUGGGUAUUGGUGCUAUGUUAAUUGCCUGCAAGUAUGAAGAAAUCUGGGCUCCUGAGGUUAAUGACUUUGUGACCAUAUCAGAAAGUGCAUACAGUAAUGAACAGAUUCUAAAAAUGGAGAAGGCCAUAUUAGGCAAGCUAGAGUGGUAUAUUACUGUUCCUACACCUUAUGUGUUCCUUUCGCGCUACAUCAAGGCCUCGAUUCCUGACAACGAAAUGGAGAACCUGGUCUAUUUCCUAGCUGAACUUGCUCUGAUGAAUUAUGGUUCAAUUUCCUUUUGUCCAUCAAUGGUUGCUGCCUCGGCUGUCUACGUUGCUCGGCACACCUUGUUCAAGGCACCUGUUUGGACCGAAACUCUCAGGACUUACUCCGGAUUUUCAGAGUCACAACUCAUGGAAUGUGCAAAGAUGCUGGCUAACCUGCAUUCAGUAGCCGCUGGACACAGACUGCAAACUGUCUACAAGAAAUACUCAAAGUCUGAAAAAUGUGCUGUGGCAUUUUGCUCACCACCAAAGUCUCUCUUGGCGUUGAGUUCGUCGUUAGUUUGAUGAUAUUAUUAGUUAUGAUUCUUUAGAUUGAUUUAAACUCUUUUGUCAUUGCUGAUGACAGCAUAGAAAACUUAUCCAAGUAGUAGUAUGAUUAGAUUUCAUUUAUGUUGAUGAAAGUGUACAACUCUCAUCAAUCAUAUAUGAGUAGAAUAAUUUGUAGUUCAAUUUGCUGAUUUUUUAUGUCUAACUGAGCAGUCUGAUCAGCUUUUUAUAUGGUUGUACAAUUUUUUUAUACGAUCAGCUUCCAUUUGAAACGAGUAACUUUUUUUGCACGAUAAGUGAAAUGGGUUUCUUUGUUACUA